AUGAAAUCCUUCCUGGCGACUUUCGCCGCCCUCACAUUCUCCCUCAUUCCUUCAUCACAAGCCCUAUAUUUCUAUCUCGACGGCACAACGCCCAAGUGCUUUUAUGAGGAUUUGCCAAAGGGCACGCUCGUUGUCGGGACAUACAAAUCUGAAGCCUACUCCCCUCAGACUCAGACUUUCUCGGCCACCCCAGACCUCAACAUCCAUUUCACAGUCGAAGAGACCUUCGACAACGACCACCGCGUCGUAACCCAAACAACCCAAUCGUCGGACAAAAUGUCGAAAUUCACCUUCAGCGCCGCGGACUCGGGCCUGCACAGACUCUGCUUUACGCCUUCUGGACCUGCCGCGAUCAGUGUAAAUGGAUGGUUCGGAAACGGUGGAAAUGGAUUGGGAGGAGUCAAGCUCACCGUCGACAUGGCGAUCGGCGAAACGAGCAAAAUUGAGAGUGAGGACAAGGGGAAGAUUGAUACCAUUGUCGGCAAGGUGAGGGAAUUGAACGGGAGACUGCAAGAUAUUAGGAGGGAGCAGAAGUUUCAAAGAGAACGAGAAGCAGAAUUCCGCGACCAAAGCGAAGCCGUCAACGCGAGAAUUGUCCGUUGGACGUUGAUCCAGCUGGGCGUGUUGGGCGUCACCUGCGCAUGGCAGCUGUCACAUCUGAGAUCGUUCUUUAUCAAGCAGAAAUUGACAUAG